UUACAGUAUCAGUUCAUCUGUCACCUUCUUCCUCCUCUAAAACCUCAAGAACCCUAAUUCCUCCUCUAAACCCUAAUUUCAACGCAAAACCUCCCUUUCAGUCAAAUUCAACAGAGAAUCAAUGGCUAAAACUAAAGAAAGACUACAAAAUGACGUGUCAAAAGAAGAAACCAAAGAAGAAGCAGAGAAAAUCGAAGAAGAAGAAAAAGAAUUGAGCUUCGAGGAGCUAGGGUUAGACCCUCGCUUAAUUAGAGCAUUAAACAAGAAAGAAAUUAGCAUCACAAAGCCAACUCCAAUUCAACGCGUCGCUAUUCCUCUAAUUCUUGAAGGAAAAGAUGUGGUUGCACGAGCUAAGACUGGUUCUGGUAAGACAUUAGCUUACUUGCUACCUUUGCUUCAAAAGCUUCUCACUGACUCGGGUUCGAAGCGAAAACUUGCUCCUUCUGCGUUCAUUCUUGUGCCAAGUGCAGAGUUGUGCCAGCAGGUUUAUAAGGAGGUUUCGUCUUUGAUUGAUUGUUGUAAAGUUCAGUUGAAAGUUACACCGUUAAAGAGUAAAAUGUCUGAUUCUGAUUUGCGGACUGCUCUUGCCGGACCUCCAGACAUUCUUGUUUCGACUCCUGCUUCUUUAGCUAAGUGCUUGUCCGGCGAUGUACUCAAGUCGGAGUCUAUAAAUGAUUCACUUGAAAUUCUUGUUCUUGAUGAGUCAGAUCUUUUAUUGUCGUUUGGCUACGAAGAUGAUCUGAGAGCUCUAACUGCUCUUCUUCCAAAACGCUGUCAAUGUCUUCUUAUGUCUGCUACAUCCAGUGAUGAUGUUGAUAAACUAAAGAAGCUCGUUCUGCACAACCCAUACAUUUUGACUCUGCCAGAAGUUGAAGGUGAUAAGGAUGAAGCUAUCCCCAAAAAUGUUCAACAAUUUUUUGUUUCAUGCAGUGGUCGUGACAAGUUACUCCACAUUCUUGCUCUUUUGAAGCUGGAAUUAAUUCAGAAGAAAGUCCUAAUAUUUACCAACUCUGUAGACAUGAGUUUCAGGCUGAAACUUUUUCUGGAAAAGUUUGGGAUAAAGUCUGCUGUUUUAAAUGCUGAGUUGCCACAAAAUUCUCGGCUUCAUAUACUUGAGGCAUUUAAUGCAGGGCUUUUUGAUUAUUUAAUAGCAACUGAUGACAGUGAAAGAAAAGAGAAGGAGCAAGCAGAAAAAAAUCUUGCUGAGCCAAAAAAGUCUAAAAAGAAUGCUAAGCAAAAGUUAGACUCUGAAUUUGGAGUGGUGAGAGGGAUUGAUUUUAAAAGAGUUCACACGGUUGUAAAUUAUGAUAUGCCUACUCAUGUUGCUGGAUAUGUGCAUCGAAUUGGACGUACCGGAAGAGGAUACAGUACUGGUGCUUCUGUCUCUCUGGUUUCUUCAGAUGAGAUGGAAAUUCUUGAAGGUGUAAAAUCCUUUUUAGGUGAUGAGAAUAAGGAUUCAAACUUGAUUGCCCCUUUUCCUUUACUUACCAAGAAUGCAGUGGAAUCUUUACGAUAUAGAGCAGAGGAUAUUGCAAAAAGUGUGACUAAAAUUGCUAUCAGGGAAGCGAGAGCGCAGGAUCUGAGGAAUGAAAUACUGAACUCUGAGAAGUUGAAGGCUCAUUUCAAUGUCAAUCCGAAGGAGUUGGAUCUAUUGCAACACGACAAAGUUCUGAGCAAGCACGCUCCUGCUCCUCAUCUACGUGAUGUGCCUGAUUAUCUAAUGGAUGCACAAACAAAAGAAGCAAGGAAAAUGGUCAAGCUUUCAAGAGCUGCAAUGGGAAAUAAUAACCCUACUCGUCGUCAAGGAUCCAAGAACAGAAAUAAUAAAAAAAGUAAAGAUCCUCUCAAGGCGCUCUCUUUUCAGGCGGGAAAUAAAUCUCGCAAUGGUGGAAGGAAAAGAGAAAGAGAAGACAACAACAAUACCCGUAAACACAAAAAAGGAAAAGCUGAGUGAGUUAAUAAUUUGGCCAACUGAAGCUUACAAUUUUGUUCACUAAACAUCGUUUAUUGCCGAUUUGAUUGCAUUGCGGUGCUCUAUUCCUUAUGGUGCUGCUGAGGCUCUUCUUCGAAUACAAGCCUUGGUAAGCGGCAUGCUUAAAUGCCUUUGCUUAUAAUAUUCCUCCUUUGCUCUUCUUUUGUUACCUGUGUUUCCAAGCCUAGAGUAAUAGCUAAAUAAUUAUCGAUUUUGAAUUUAAAUUUUUUAUCGAUAGAAAUUACAUAUUUUAUGUAGUUGUGGCAUUAUGAGAUAAUGAUAUAAAACCAUUUCGAUCAGUUACGGUGGUUGAGUUAUUCCAAAAAUUUGUUCAAAGAAAAAACAUGUAAGCUUAAGAUUUUAAGGUGUAAAGAUACUAUUAUUGGGUAAAAUAUUUUUGUGGUUAUUGAA